AUGGCAAAUUUCAAUACUUUUAAAUACGCAUCAGCGUUUCUCGUCGUAAUUUUUUGUGUGGGAGUUGAAAUCGCUAGUGGCCCCGGAUCUAGCUCAUCGAGCAACAAUCGUCAGGAUGAGGCUCUGGCGGAAAUUAAGCAUUUGAAUUAUCCCUUAUCCACAGAUACGAUUAACUACUUUAUUGAAUUUGCCAAUGAUUAUAACAAAAAGAAAUUCCGCAUGGCCCCUUGUAAUAUGGCACCAGACAGUUAUAAAAAUUUCCAAACGACAAAACGAGAUGGCGUCCAAAUUUUAUUUGUCGGUGAUCUCGAAGAUCCAUAUGCCCUCGGUCAUUUUAUUUGUGUUUCUCAUAAACAUUCUGAAAAAAAAGUGUAUAUUUAUAACAGUUUGGGCAGACGAAGAAUACCACCAGCCACAGAACUGGCCAAUAAGAAUUUAUUCCCGAAUGCAACCAGCACAAAACUGAUGAAUUCACAAACACAUCAAACCGAUUCCGUAUCGUGUGGACUAUUCGCAAUUGCACAUGCAACCGAGGUCAUGCUUGGCUAUUUGCCCGAAUUAUGUUCGGUCCAAUUGAGCACCGGCCAAUAUCCAUCUGCUCAUUUGAGAGAGCAUCUUCAAUAUAUGAUUGAACACAAAGUUCUUGAAUUAUUCCCAUCGGCCGGAUUUUAUGCCGAAUGGCAAAUAAAACAUUUUUAA